GAACAGCUGUAAGAGUACACUGCCCUACAAAUGGACGGGCGUGUUUCAAUUCAAAGACAUUUAAAAAUAAGUGGUUUAUACAAAAGUAUGACUUCAUUAAGUUAAUUGCAUAAAUACAAUAGAUAAUUUCUAUUACAUUUAAUAAAAUAGUUAAGUGUAAAACUUAAGAAGGCCGUGGUUUUGUUUCGUAAGUAAGACUUUAUCCGAUAGAUGUCACAUUACAAAUGUUGACAUUCGAACUAAUUAGUGUUGUCAAAAGUGAAGGAAUUUUUCAGUAAUCAUUUAAAUUAUGCAAACAGUUCAAAUCACAAUGUAAAGCGACAGUAGUACAAAAAAAAAUCAAAUCUGAUCCGGUGACAUUAAUUUAACGUUAGAAAUGAUCGUAUUCAAACUGUGAAUUUUAUUUCGCGCCGAAUACAAAGGUAGAGCCGGCAGCCAUGUUGUAAUAACUCUUGUCAAGCAUCAUGGGUUAACACAAGUAAAGUUCGUUGUAAGUCGUUUUGUGUGUUUCAAGUGUUUAUCUUGACCUGAAACGUUUAUCAUACAACAGUUUUGAACGGUGUCGUUAUAGAAAAAAAACCGUUGAGACGAUGCAUAGGGAAAAUAAAGCUUUCCUGCGCAUUAUUACCGACAGUGUGUGUGCUCCAUCGUGCUAGCGCAGGGAGUUAACUGCCUGCCCAGCGGCUGAGAGCGUCCUAAGUGCGGAAGGUGAACAAUAUCGACGUCGGGGCCGUAGGUAUUUCGCGACGAUCAGCGUCCGGACCGCGGACGCUAUCGGUUAUGUUACCGAGUAUCAAUGUUUCGCAGUGACACGUGUAGUUGUGUAAACAAGAAUUUUGUGCUACUAUGGCCAAAAUUUUUGGCAAGGAUCCGGUUACUUAUGGUAAGGAAAGGGACGGAUUCCUCCGUGACCUGCAGCACUUCCAUGAAGGCAGAGGGACUCCAUUUCGAAGGUUCCCCCAGAUCAACGGUCAAGAAAUCGACCUAUACUUGUUGUAUUCAUUGGUCACUGUCCAGGGUGGUUGGGUAAAGGUAAACGCCAAAAACGAAUGGCCCGACCUCUUGAAGUAUUUCAGGUUGACCGGGAAAUGCGUCAAUUCUGGCGUUGCUUUAAAACAAAUUUAUUUAAGGUACCUGGACCGAUGGGAGAAGGUGCACUACUUAGGCGAAGAAGCGGACCGCGCCAGCGACGAGGAGGACAACGAAAGUAACCGGCAUAAACGAUGGUCAGCUAGGGCUCUUCAUUCGGUGCCUUUGGCUUACAACUACCACCAGCAUAAUGUUUCAGAAGCAUCGCGAGAAAACAACAACCUUUCAACGGACUUAUAUAAAUCAUCUGACUACGAUCGUUUGGCGUUGUCACUCCUGUCCGUCUUGCCAAAUGAGCAGGAUUUUGCGAUAAACGUGUGCACCGUCCUGUCUAAUGACGGUAAGCACACGUUGAAGUUGGAAAAACAUCCCCGUCUGGUUGACAACCUCCUCGCGCACGCUGGCGUGUACAAUCACAGCUCUCUGCGAAAACUGUUCGUUUAUUAUUACAAGCAUGUGCGGAAACACUCGCUCGAUUCCUUUUGGACGGAAGUGCUCGCGACGAACGAGUUCCUGGACUUGACUAACGAAAACAAUUUCGUCGGGAGUAAAAGCGUAAAAGAUAGUAUUAAAGAGGACGCGCCAGAAAAUGAACAGCAGGACCAAGAAGAAAAGAAACAAUCGCACCAGUCCUCGUUGUUUCACGAUUGCGGAAGUUCCGAUGUGGGGAGGAUCGACAACAGUAGUAUGGGGAGUUGCGUCGCAGGAAGUGAUGGGAACGAACGGUGUAGUGACAUAAUGAGAGUUAAUUGUGAUUCGGUGGGAGAUAACAACUGUGAUGACGAUGACAUGUGUUCGAAUGACGCGAAAUGUGGUGCAUUUCAAUUCAAAAUUGAACCAGAGGACAAGGAUUUUCUCUGUUUGGGAAGGACAUUCGGUACGCAGGACUAUAUCGGACAACGUGUAUUACAGAUUGCGCAAAUUUUGCGGAAUCUUAGUUUUAUCGAGGACAACAUAGCAACGUUAUCAAAUAAUCGGACAUUUAUGCGGUUCUUAUUAUUGUGUUCGAACGCGAAAUGGAGCAGCUUACAGAGUUUAGGUUUGGAUAUGCUGGGAAACAUUGCCUCCGAUUUUUUAAUCAAAGAACGUAACAAGGACAGGUUGGCGGAUUGUCUUUUGAAAGUAGUUACGCGGGGUCUGCACAGUGAGGAUCGUAAUUUUUGCAUAACGUCAUUGGAAGUGCUUAAUAAAUUGAGUCAAAUCGAGGCCAAUGAGGACGUACUAUCUCGUUCACUCGAAUCCAUCGUAUAUACGAAAGUUUGUUCGUUUCUCACCUUACACGAUGUUAUGUUGCUCAUUUACACCCUCGAAUGUCUUUAUUCGUUGUCGUCACUUGGCGAGCGUGCCUGCAAUUACAUCGUGAGCAAUCAUGGCGUAGUCGAUACAUUAGUAUCCUUGGUGACCGUGGAAGGCAAAAGCUACGGACCGAAAGCUUGUAUUGGAAUGAAACUGGUCGAAACGGUCCCUGGUGGUACAAUAAUUAGUGCUCCAACAGUUGUUAGUUCUUCUAACAAUAAUAAUAGCAAUGUUACUUCGAAUGUAACCAGUGCUAGUAACAUUACGUCACCUCCACCACCUCCUCCACCACCGCCUUUGCCACAACUUCAAGUCGCUCCUAACACUCCUCAGAAAGUUAUUAUUACCACAGCAACCACACCAUUAAGAAAUGCUCACGUGGUUCCUCAUAGAAUGGUUUUCACAACAUCAUCGCCAGUAUCAUUAGUAGCAACAACAACAACGUCGUCGGUUCCUCAAGUGACGCAGGUGUCGCAAGUGGUGGUGAAUUCUCAACAACUCGUUCAACAACACGCACAUCAGCAAACAAUUCAAGAGAACGAGCAGUUCGCCCUUGCUUGGCUGAGGGCAACAUACGAACCCUGCAACAACAGUCAUAUUGAACAGCAGGAGCUAUACAAGCACUACAUCAAUUCGUGCGCGAAAAUCGGAAGAAGAGGCGUAAUAGCACCCCUUCAUUUUCCAAGAUGUGUUAGGUCAGUAUUUGGAGGAACCGUUGGUCCGAAUACCAUUAAAACAGGAACACAACUAGAAUCUCAGUACUAUGAGGGCAUCAAAGUGCGCGCCCAACCCUUGAUAAUUAAUAUCCAGUCCCCUCCUGCUCCUCAAGUACAUACCACUGUAAAAACGAAUGUUCGUCGUAAAGUGUCCGUAACCUCUAACGUCGUACCCGUAUCUUCCCCACCUCCUAUCGUAUUGAACUGCGACAGCACAGAUACUCCUCCAGCUUCUCCUGCCUCACCCAUACUAAAAGCCCAACUCAGUGCUCCUGCCAAAACACCACGUGAAAUAACAGUCAUCACUUCAAAUGCCUCUAAAGUCGAUGCUAAAAGUCAGGUACUGACACAUCCUCACCUGAGUCACGCCCUCCUUGGUUCUAAUUCCAGUACAGGUGUCGUAACGACAACCAGCGCUACGUGUACCACGACCGUAAUGAGUCCUACGUCCUCUGCUUUAACAAUAGUCGGUUCGAACGUUCAACAGGCCGGUCAGAGUAACACGUCUCUCAUCAAAAGCUUGCUUGCUACUAAGGUAAACGAGUGCAUGUCUUCGGUCAGCAUGAAGAUUGCCAAGGACUGCCAAAACGUAGCGCAGGUUGUGGCUCGUCAACAACAGCAGCGUCUUUUAGCCCAACAAGUGAACACCCCAGUUCCUCCACAGACUCCGAAUAACAAGCAACAACAACAGGAAACUGCCAAAUUAACUGAAACCCCAAAAUCGUCGCGAAUAAACGGUGCCAGACAGUUAUUUUGUGAAGAAGUGAUAGAUACAUCCGUAUCGUCAAUAACCUCGGCAUCUACAUAUGCCACAGGUAAAAGAGAACCCCCGCAACCUCCUCCUCCACCUUUAGCCCCUUUAACGCGUACUGUAACUCCCCGAAUCGACGAAGACAGCAAUUCAACAGGAAACAAUUCAGUCGCGUCUAGCAGUGGCAUUUGCAAUGUUGGAAUUUCUUCAACAGAAGACGGCGAUAAUUCGUUAACUAGUUUCGAGGGUAUCUUACUUAACGGCGUUCCGAAUAUCGAUACACUUUUAAAUGAUGACAGCAACUCCAAAGACUCGACCACGAAAACAAACGUUAUUACUAAAAACAAACCACUUAUGCUCGCUGAUUUAUUAGAGAAAAAAGUAGACAAAGAUCCACCCUUACUUAACGGAAUGCUCGGCAAAGAAUUACGAUUAAGUGAGAAGGGACUCGAUUUGGUCGAGAAUCACAUAGAAAAAGCGCUGAAGUGUUCAGAAAAGAACAUCACCACUGCGCCUACGGGCAUUAUCGAAAAAAACGAUACUAAUGUUAUGCACGUGGACAAAGAAGUGAGCAAUGGUGAAGAAGUAGUACAAAUGAAGGGCACGAAACGACCCGCAACCGAUGACAUUUCGGAAACGGAAGCUAAACGAGCGAACGUUGUCUUGUCUGUGAAUGGAUCGUCAAGUGUUGGUUCGCCAGCUCCCGAAUCGGUUUCUAGCAGUUCGAAUGGAGGUGAUGAGAUGGAAGGCAAAGGGAGCGUGUCUACGGCUGCUGCGAAACUUUUUGCCGACAUCGCAGCAGACAUUCUCGAAGAUGAGGAGGAGGAAGAGCAGUUUUUACAAGAACAGCAACAGCAACAGCAACAACAACAACAGCAGCAGCAGCAACAGCAAACGGUCGCAGAAACACCAAACAUUAUGCAGGUUGUUCAGAACAGCACUUUACAGCAAGUAUACGUGGAUAGCAAUGGUCAGCAGCAAAUGAUCGUGGCAACUCAGCCCCGUCAGAUAAUCGUGUCACAGCCCCAGCUGCCCGUCCCGAAUCAGGUGGUGAUUCCCGGUACCCAAGCAUUCAAACCUGGCCAAACUGUAAUAGUACAGAAUACGGCGCAACAGAGGCCACAGGUGGUCAUUCAGCAAGCGAAUACAGGUCAGUUUCUCCUGUCCCAAGGUCAAAUGCAGCUUAUUCCCAGCUCAACUCAACCUGGCCAGUAUGUUCUUCAAGCAGGAACCACACAAGGGGCUUAUGUAGUCGCCCAAUCGCAGGCCGCAGUGAUGCAUGGACAACCACAAACUGUGUUGGUGGCGCAAACGUCUCAACAGCAGGGUACUGGCACCAAGACCAUUAUUAUAUUGCAACAACCUAACGCUAAUGCUGCUACGCACCAUCCAAAGGUCAUGGUUGCUCCUCAGGGCCAGCAAAUGGUUGUAACACAGGUUCAGAGGCCCGUUUUACAAACGGCUUCGGCAAUUAAUAGCGCCCCCGUUAUACCCGCCACGACUGUAAUUAAAACGCCCGCCACAUCUGUGAUCACACCAAUUACAACGGUUGCCACAUCGGCCACCGUAACAGUCCCAGUCCCAGUGCCAGUUCCUGUUCCGGUCUCUGUGGCCAACGCUGAAAAGAAGGAGGAGCCCAAGACUGUCCCAAAAAUUAAACAGAAAAUAAUCCGCGAUUUAGCAACGCCUUUUGUGUGCGAAUGGGGCGACUGCCAAUGCGAAACAAAGUUUAAGUCUGCCAAUCAAGUCUAUAUGCAUGUGUGUGAAGCGCAUUGCCCUGAGACGACAGAGAGUGAGAUAACAUGCCAGUGGGAGAGAUGUGACAAUAUGAAAAGGAAACGUUUUUCACUCAUGACGCAUCUGUAUGAUAAACAUUGUAACACAGAGGCCAUGAAAGUGGCGCAAAUUAGGCGAAAACAGUUGGCCCAAGGUGGGAAGAGUGAUCCUCCCGUUACUCACCCUGCCACCCCGCAUCCUGGAUACGCUCCUGACGCUGCCCUCCAUGCAAUCAAACGGCAUGCCCUCGAGUUUGUUAAUCCUAAGGAAUUACAGGUUAGUCUAAUUUUGUUACAUGAUCGGUAAUCUUUAUAAUUUCGAUUCAAUAAUUCAUUAAUACUUUAUGAGUCACGUUAUUUAUAUUUAUGUAAAAUUU